CACUUCCUGCUGCGACGAGAUCGCGGUCUCAACAAAUCAGCCAGCCAGCCAGCGCUGCUGAAAACAUCGGCAAAUUCCUCUCCGCCGUCUCCGUCUCGAGAGGGCGAAGCGAAUUACGUUCUUGCCGGCGCUUGUGGCCACUCCACUUCUUCAUACUUUGCCAUCUCGAACUCAAGCUCGGAAUAAUUUCUUAGAAUUUUGCGAUUGAUCAACUCUCGGAAUCAUUCUCAAGUCGUAAUGAUGCAACAGCAGCCGCAUGGAGUUGCUCCUGAUUUGGCACAGCUCCAGUCGACGAUGCACGCGAUCGAGCUUGCUUGCUCUUCUAUUCAGAUGCAUACAAAUUCGGCGGCAGCAGAGGCGACGCUAUUGUCACUAAAUCAGUCCACUCGUCCCUACAAGCUAUGCCAAUUUAUUCUUGAUAAUUCUCAAGUUGCAAAUGCAAGGUUCCAAGCUGCUUCAGCAAUACGUGAUGCAGCUAUGAGGGAAUGGAGCUCUCUAACAGGGGACGACAAGAAGGGCUUGAUAGGGUUUUGCCUGUGCUAUGUAAUGCAACGUGCUAGUUCACCUGAGGGCUAUGUACAAGCAAAGGUGUCUUCUGUUGCUGCCCAGCUGAUGAAAAGGGGCUGGCUUGAAUUUACUGUUGCUGAGAAGGAAACAUUUCUUCAUCAGGUUAAUCAGGCUAUUAUUGGAAUUCAUGGAAUAGAUGUGCAGUUCUCUGGAAUCAAUUUUCUUGAAUCACUGGUUUCCGAGUUCUCUCCUUCUACUUCAAGUGCCAUGGGCCUCCCUAGGGAAUUUCAUGAACAAUGCCGAAAGUCUUUAGAGCUUCAUUAUCUGAAGACAUUUUACUGUUGGGCAAAGGAUGCUGCUGUAAGUGUUUCAGCGAGAAUAAGUGAAUCUGGUACUAAGGUCCCUGAGGUAAAGGUAUGCACUGGCUCAUUGCGUCUCAUGCUCCAAAUCCUCAAUUGGGAGUUUCAGCCUAAUGUCACGUCUGCCAAGGCCGGGAUAAAUGUGUUUUCACCUGGAGUUAGAUCGGACUUGACUGCAUCAAAAAGGUCUGACUGUAAUGUGGCACAGCCUGGUGCUGCAUGGCGUGAUGCCUUGAUUUCAAGUGGUCACGUUGGAUGGAUUGUAAGCUUCUACGCUGCACUGAGAGAAAAGUUUUCAACUGGGCGUUACUGGCUUGAUUGUCCGGUUGCAGUUUCUGCUCGCAAGCUAAUUGUACAAUUUUGCUCUUUGGCGGGAACCGUAUUUCUAUCUGGCGAUGAACACAUGCAACAAAACCAUUUACUACAGCUAUUGUCUGGGAUAAUACACUGGAUUGAUCCUCCUGAUGCAAUUGCUCAAGCUAUUGAAUCCGGACGAAGUGAGAGUGAGGUGCUUGAUGGAUGCCGUGCUUUGUUGGCUAUAGCAACAGUGGUAAACCCUAUCCUAUUUGACCACCUAUUGAAGUCCAUAAGACCCUUCGGCACGCUCACUCUGCUAUCAAACUUGAUGAGUGAAGUCAUCAAAGUCCAGAUGACUAAAAGAUCUGAUGACGAGACAUGGAGCUGGGAGGCACGUGAUAUUCUGCUAGAUACCUGGACAGCCCUGCUGAUGCCUGUAGACACUUCGGCAGGAAACACAAUGCUUCCACUGGAUGGCAUCAAUGCUGCAGCCAACUUAUUUGCCUUGAUUGCUGAAUCUGAGCUGAAAUCUGCAUCUGCAUCAGCAUUGGAUGAGGAUGAUGGAGACGACUACCUUCAGGCUUCUAUUUCUUCAAUGGAUGAAAGGCUAAUUUCAUAUGCCCUUAUUGGAAGAGCAGCAGUUAAUGUUACAAUUCCGCUGCUCACAAGAUUGUUUUCUGAACGGGUUGCACUGCUUCAUCAGGGCAGGGGCAUCAUGGAUCCAACGCCAACUUUGGAAGAACUCUACUCAUUAUUACUGAUUAUCGGGCAUAUACUUGCAGAUGAACCUGAAGGAGAAACACCCCUGAUUCCAAACAGCAUACAAUCUGAUUUUGCAGACACUGUGGAAACGCAAAAUCAUCCUGUUGUUAUUCUCUCUGUUUCGAUAAUAAAGUUCGCUGAGCAGAGCUUAAAUCCGGAGAUGAGAGCAGCAGUUUUCAGUCCUCGACUUAUGGAGGCUGUUAUAUGGUUUCUUGCAAGAUGGUCUUGUACAUACUUACUAUCUGAAGAAAUUGGAGAAAGUGAUUUGCAUUUGCUUCAGAACUCAAGGAAAACUCUGCUUAGUUUCUUUGGGGAAUAUAACCAGGGGAAAAGCAUACUUGAUAUUAUUGUCCGUGUUUCUGUGACUACACUCCUGUCGUACCCCGGAGAGAAGAAUUUGCAGGCGCUCACUUGCUUUCAAUUAUUACAUGCUCUCGUCCGGCGCAGGCAUAUUUGCUCUAGCCUUGUUCUACUGGACUCAUGGCGUGCACUUGCACGUGCUUUUACAAAUGAAGAAGCAUUGUUUCUGUUAAAUUCUGUUAAUCAGCGUUCAUUGGCUCAAACCCUUGUCCUUUCAGCGUCCGGAAUAAAAAAUUCCGAAUCAGCAAAUCAAUAUGUUAGGGAUCUCAUGGGCCACGCGACAAAGUAUCUGAUAGAGUUGUCUAACAAGAGUGACCUCAAAAUCAUUUCUCAGCGGCCUGAUGUCAUACUCCCACUUAGUUGUUUACUAGAAAGGCUGCGUGGAGCUGCAAGAGCAUCAGAACCUCGAACACAAAGAGCUCUGUGCGAGAUGGGGUUUUCUAUAAUGACUCCUGUUUUAGUUCUUCUUGAAGUGUACAAGAACGAGUCCACAGUCAUUUAUAUGCUCCUCAAGUGUGUUGUUGAUUGGGUUGAUGGACAAAUUGCCUACUUAGAAUCUAGGGAAACUGCUGCGGUAGUUGAGUUCUCCAUACGUUUGCUUCAGCUUUACUCAUCUCACAAUAUUGGCAAGAUCUCAAUAAGCCUUUCGAGCAAUUUAAUUAGUGAAGCAAAUACAGAGAAGUAUAAGGAUUUGCGUGCUCUGCUUCAGCUUCUUUCAAGUUUUUGCUCAAAAGAUUUGGUUGAUUUCUCCUUGGAUUCUGAUGAGUCCCAGAGCACAAACAUAGCUCAGGUGGUGUACCUUGGUAUGCACAUUGUUAACCCACUGAUAUCGCUGGAGUUACUGAAAUACCCCAAGCUUUGUCAUGAUGUAAGCUCCAAUAACUUCAUUCAGAAGCAUAUUGAUGUUCUUGCCUCCUUGAAAUUGAUUAGUAGUUUUAUUUGGCAGUACUUUGCGCUGCUGUCACACAUGUUGGAGGUAUACCCGGAGACAGUUGGAAGACUUGAUAGUGAAGCCUUUCUGCAUGUGCUUGGGACACUUGAUUUCGGACUUCAUCACCAGGAUACAGAAAUAGUGAAUAUGUGCCUUAGAUCUCUAAAAGCUCUUGCUGCCUACCACUACAAGGAAACCACUAGUGGCAAUCUUGGCCUGGGCUCUCACGCCACGCCAGUGAAAGAUCCACGUGGUGAUAUGCAAGACGGCGUUUUGAGCAGAUUCCUCCGAUUGUUGCUUCAGCUACUCCUUUUUGAGGAUUACAGCCCUGAUCUGGUGAGCCCCGCAGCAGAUGCUUUGUUUCCCUUGAUCCUCUGCGAACAAGGGCUCUACCAGAAACUCGCAAACGAGCUGAUAGAGAGGCAGGUGAAUCCAAGCUUCAAAUCAAGACUAUCCAGUGCAUUUCAUAUGGUCACUAACGCCAAUCAGCUUUCUUGUAAUCUUGAUCGUAUGAACUACCAGAGGUUCAGGAAAAAUGUCAAUGCCUUCCUCGUCGAGGUACGGGGUUUCCUGAGAACAGUGUAAUGCAAAGCCAUUCUUCUGUACAAAUUGUUAGCUAGUAAUGUUUCUUCUGGAGAAAAAAGGAGAGGAUUGAUUUCUCUUUCCAUCUGCUGUUAGGACAUUUACGAUAGCCUACAUGCAUUUACUUACCUUGUUAGCUUUACUAGAGGCUUUUGAUUGGCUGGUGUUGGUGUAUAACGAUACGUUACAUGUGUUUUGAAUGUCAAACAUACAUUUGUAAUCACAUAUACUAUCGAUUCAUCAUCAGAAACCACCAUUUCUUGAUA